UUUAUUAUGAGUGGUCAUAGUAAGAAUUCAUAAAAACCAGAUGAUGAUUAUGAUGAUAGAGGAUGUUUUUGUGGUUUCUUUAAAAAAAAGAGUAAUAUGGAAUAGAAUAGUACUAAGUUAACUUCUAAAGUCCGGCAUUCAAUGAAUAAAUCUGAUUUACAUUCAAGCUAACAUUAUGCUUCUUCUUAACUAAACUAAUUAAAUUCAUCAAACUUAGAAUAUUAAAGAAAAGUAAGUGUACCAUCUCCAAUAGUUAGUAGUUUUGCAAUCACAGAAUUUGAAAACAAUUAUAUACAAAAUUAAUUAUUUUUACUAAAAAAUAAUUAAAGUGGAGAAUCUAUUUUUGCUAAAAUAACAGAAUUUCAUUUAAAAACAAACAAAAUAUCUAAUAUAGAUUUGAAAAAAUCACGACUUUUUGAAAAGAGAUAUGAUAAUAAAUUUGUUUUAAAUAAUAAAUAUCCAGACAUAACUGCAAGAUAUAUUGCUUCUAGAAUAAAAGAUUAAAUUAGAACAUUAGCAGUAUAUGGAUGUCGAAAUGAAGGAAUUACAGUUCAAGUAUAAUAUAAUUAAUAAAUAAAAGUUUACAAAAUACUUAGACUUUGUAAUAGCAAUAGAUAAUAAUCCUGAAGCAUGUUCAUAGACCAAAUAAAAUUGUGAUUAAAAUGAGUCUAAUUUAGAUUAGCCAAAUCCAAAAGUAGAAAUAAUUAAUGCUGAUAUUUUUUAAUUAAAAAAAAAUCUACCUUUUGAUAGCAUAUUUAUUAAUCCAUCUAUAAAAAAUGAUUAAUAAAUUUGUAAAGAUAUCUUAAAAGAUUGCAAUCCAAAUCUUAAAGAACUAUUUAAUCAUAUAUCUGAUUAAAUGGAAAAUUUAAUUAUUUAAUUUCCAGCUUAAAUGGAUUAUUCUUAAUUACCUUUACUAUUAAAUAUCAACUAAUAAUAUCGAAAUAACAAUAAAUAAUAAUCAUUUAUAUCAUUAGAGAUUGAAAAAAUAUACAUUUAAGGCUCUCAUGUUUAUAAUAUUGUAUAUUAUGGAAAAGUAGCAAAUGUUUCGACAGAAGAAUUGAAAUAAUAAUUGACAUUAUCACUAUCAAAUUAAGAAAUAGGUAAAGAAAGUUUCAAUAAUGUUAUAGCUAAAUUAAAUGAAAAGAUAGGUAAUACAAUCAAUAAUUCUAAUUUAGGAAAUUUAGAACUUAUUUAUGAGUUAUUGUAAGUACAAAGUUACAAAUAUAGCUUCGACCAAUUUUUGAUAACUAUUUGUGAAAAGUAUAAAUUAGAUUAUAAUGAUUAUGCUUUUAUUUUAUACUAGAAAUUAUCAAAGUAGAUUUUAACUUAAAAUUAGAGAUUAUUCUUAGAAUUCAUUUAAUUAUAAAUUUAGAGAUUCAAUCAAUGUUAUUUAGGAAUAAGAAGAAUUUGGUUUUAGUCCAAAAUUUUCAUAUAAUUUGAAUGGAUUGUCAAAAAAGGAUGA